GAGUUGAUUCGUUACAUCGUUUUGCUAUACUUCUGACUGUACGUACAUUCAAAAAGAUAGCCAAUUUGACUUUCAAAUUUAUGUGAUUAUAGAUGAUCUUGCCGAAGUUCAGCUAACGGUGUUUACGUUCCAUGUUUUGCACUGUAAACUAUUUAACUUUGACAGCGAGUCGGCUUAUUUCACUUUUCGAUCGAAUGCUUAUCACCCUCACACGACCGGUAGUGAUUUUUAUGAUACGUAAGGGAAAACAAUAUUAAAACUCGUUCUUCUACAGAGGUUCCAGUUAUCAUUACAGCUUACUUCAUUCACCUAGCUAGAAUUUGAACCAUUUGAAUUCAGGUUUAUUAUCAUAAGUGUCCUGAUGAUUCUUUUUAAUUUACUAUGUAUUAUUGGUCACAUUAAAAAUUUCUAUUGCUUUCUUUAUACACACUUUUCUUACGCACAUACACUUUCGCUCAUAAAUAUUUAAUUCUAGAACUGGAUCAGUAUCUAUUCCUCAGUAAUGAUUGGUCUUGUAAACCAUCCAUAAAUAUCAAUGAAAUUUUUUUUAUUUGUGCACGUUUUUUGACCAUUCUUUUGCAUGCUGUGUUCCCCAUUCUCUUUCUUAUCAUUAUGUUUGUUAAUGCUUACAUAGGCACCUAGCUUCCCAAAUAUUUGUUAUAUUUAUGUAUUUCGAUUUCAUCAUUGGUAUCGACAUAGUUAUUAAAAAUGAUGGUUAUGUCUUGUUAACUCGUGUAAAACACUGAGAUACGCAUUCAGGAUUAUUUAACCUUAAGCCCCAUAUUGUCGCUUCAAAAAGUGAUUUUAAUGGCUUCUGGGAUGUUAACCUGACCUUUUCAAUAUGUUUAUUUUAGUAAGUGGAAUUAAAUAUAGAGAUUGGUAAAAGUGUAUGUAAUCGCGGUUUGUCAUAUCACAUUAACAUGAGACGAAAUUAGCAAGAAAAACAGUAAAGGGGUGGAAAGAGUGUAGUAGCAGUGAUAAUGAGAAAAUAGUUUGAGAUAAUAAAAAGGUGUGUAUCAAGGGCAUACUCGAACUCCAAAUAUAGGAUUGAUACGUUUAGGUUAUUCGGACCGCUCUAGAAACUUUUCGCUCCUAGUUCUUGGCCAGUGAUUGGUGACCUUAACCUUAUGGUUUACACUUAUCAACAUGUUUCAGAUCAAUCGUGUGGUUGCUCCUAGCUUACUGUCGACCUCCUUCCAUACCAGGUAGUCGUUCAUCGGAGUAUAGGUUGAUUCAGUAGAGGUAAUGUGUUCUAAACAUCUCAAUCGAUGGGGACUCACAACCUCAGCCAAUUUAUAAUUGUUGCCAAAUACCGUAACUCAGGAUUGCUUUUGGUCGUUCCACGUAACACGAGCAGUGGUUUAGAGGUAUCUAUGUUCAAACAGUAGCAACCUACGAAUAUCGUCUAUUUCCAAAAACCACGUUUCACAGACAUAAAGUAGAAUAAUAUAUAAUAUACUUGUUCUUUGGCUCGCAGAUGGAAAUCUAUCUGAACUCGCAAAUUAGGCAAAAAAUUGAGCUUUCUAAAUCUUUGCCCAAAUUUUGUCGUUGAGAAGAAAAGUGGAUAACGAGUUUAAUUGUUUCACUUUCUGCCACCAGUUUAGGCAUGAAGAUUUAAAUUUUUUAGAUCAAGAUUACUUUAUACCUUUUUUUCUACAAACUAUUUCUUUUUUGCUGUAUCAUUUCCUUAUAUCCAAUAUUUAUUUAUAUGUAUUACUACUAUUGAAGUUACUGCUUCUAUGAAUUCGUUGUGCUAAUGCAGAAUAGCAACUUGGACUGAUGCAUAUAUGUGCCUGGAAUAAUGUUGUAGAUGUCUGCUUGACGACCAGUCCCGAAAAAAAACUUCAAAUUUGAAGCGAGUGAAACGCUUUCAUGAACACGCUUGCAUUUGUGCUCAGAGAGAUUAGAGGGAUAACAUUUUUCAGCGUUCUCACCAAACAACUAUGUCUGCGCGUUUUAAAUCGAUAAAUGGGUCUUCUGGCAAAGAAUCAACACCCAAAUUUAGAUAUACUUGUUUCCACUUCUCUCACGCGAUGGUUCAACCAUAUCAAUGCACGCAAACUUAUUUAGGUACCUAAGUUUUAUUUAUGUGACUAGUCUUUUGGGAUCUUAAUAAACUGAUGUGCCUUCUAUACUCCGACAUGGUUUUACUCGUCCUCUACGUAUAGGUUACCAUUAUCUACGUCUGACAGCUUUUCAUCUUGUCUCGAUUUCCGUAUUCGUCUUCAUGAAAUACAUACGAGAUACCGCAAACUCUAGACUGUGGAACCACUUCUGACUUCAAGUAGUAGGGUACAAAAUAAUAAUAUGGCACUUCAACAUAAGUACUGGGAAUCUUGACAUGGGUCACAUAGAUCUGCCCUUCCAGCUUAUCUAGCUCAUAAAAUUUAUUUGGUAUUUAGAUUUCUCGAAACCUGAAUGUCAUCCUUUUAAUUUUUCGAGGGAGCUUUAAUUACGUUUUUGAAUGUAUUGGUCCCAGUAUGUUUCUAUAAUUGACACUCACAUGAAUAAUAAUUCAACAUUUCAGAUGGCGUUGUAUGGUGCUCCGUUUCCCAGAUAUGUAGUUUAUACAGAUGAGUUACGUGAUGCCUAUAAUACUGAUGAUGUCUACUACACGUAUAAUGGACGCAUAGUAAAUAAUAUGGAAGAAAUUCCGAAACGUGCUUUGUUGCAAGUGCAUUAUCGUUUGCGCGGUGGUAAAGGUGGUUUUGGAUCUAUGCUGCGAGCUAUCGGGAGUCAAAUCGAGAAGACAACCAAUCAUGAAAUGUGCAGAGACUUAUCAGGUAGGAGAAUGCGUGAUGUAAACCUGGAAAAAAAAUUAAAGGAAUGGUAUGCUACGGCUGACGAGCGGGAACGUAAGAAAGCAGAGGAAUAUGUUGAAAGACGACGAAAACGCCAAGAACUGUUAAAACAGGGUCUUUUACCUGAACAUAGCUUUUCUGAUCGUGAAUAUGAACGACAAAAACGUAAAAUUGCUUACGAACUACGGGGAGCCUUGGAUUCAGCCAUAGAAAGUGUUAAGAAAGAAAAGAAACAAACGGAAAUUCAAUCUGUUGCUUCUUCUGAAAAGCAACUGAAUACAAAGCGUACUCGAUUAUGGAUAGAAGAGAUGGACAAAGAGCUGUCUUUGAGUUCUAGUGAUGAUGAAAUUUCGGCUAGCUCAUCAUUUGACAUUUGCUCUAGUCUUGCAAAACAAGAUGAUAAUUUGCCCGUAAAAGAUGAUACCGAAUCCACAACGGACUCUACAGGAUUAAUUAACAGUGUUAAAACAGAUGCAAUUGGUAAGUUAGUAUUCUGUUCACUGGUGCAACCGAUUAAACUUGCAAGAUAGUAGGUAACCUCGGUAGCCAGUGGGAAGUUUAGAAGUCGCCCUAAUUAUUGCUGCAUAAAAGACCAAGCAGCUCUGUUUUC